CACUUCAUCUGCAGGCGAGGAUAGUGUGCAGUGUGCCGCCACGUCUCCGUGUCCUUUUUCAUAAAUCACAUCUCAUCUCGCGGAGUGGUCGCACGGGGCCUGCGUGGACAUGCCGUGGACAGGUUAGGGGACAUGCGCCGCGUCCAGCCUGCGGAUGCUCGCCGGUGUUGACGAUGAUGACGAUGAUGAUGAUGAUGAGAGGCUGCGCUGCUGCACGCAUUAUUUCAUUCUGACACCAAGUCAGUCCUGAUACAUAAAAAAAAACAAAAAACUGGUGUUGCUUUCCUGUCUUCUUUCGCAGUGUGGAUCAGAACAAGCCUUCAAGACGGAGGGGGCGGUGGGGCAUCGUGGAAAAAACCGGGGCAACAUGAGAGAGCGGGACUUCAUGCCCAAUAUGGAGAGGGGCAAACCUGCCACUUACACCGGGGACAAAAAGGCUAAGAUGGCUGCGAAGACGAACAAAAAGUGGGUGAGAAUCGCCACGGUCUUCGCGUACGUGUUGUCCGUGUCCUUAGCGGCCAUCAUCCUGGCUAUUUACUACAGCCUCAUCUGGAAGCCCACCAGCGCGUCCUCUCCGUCCAAGCCGACCCCGCCGCAGGGGGUGACGGCUCCACCGGCGAACGUCAGCGCCAACGCGUCCUCCUCGGGCGCGAACAGCACGAACGCGUCCGAGUGGAACUCCACGCAGAUGUUCGCCAACCGCACGGCGCGGCAACAUCAGCAAGGAUCCGCCGCGCCGCCCCACACGCCAGCUUUUCAGUGGGAUCGCAUGCACGCGGAGAGCGACGAUGGACUUUACGCGCAGAGAUCGCGCACCGUGGGAAGGGAGGAUCACGCGGAGGGAGGAGAGGAGGAGCAGGUGGGGACUGAGGCGCCACCGACACCCGCCGGGACGAGAGCUGCGUAACCGGGCCUCUCUUUGCAUCCUUCCCCGGGAAAGUCAGCCAACAAGUGGGCCUUGGGUUUCGCAGACAGCCGCUGGUCGGACACGACACUCAUUCGUCACUUUGUGGAUUUACUUUGGACCUGCAACUAUAUGACUGAUGAAUAUGUUUUCUUUUGGCCCAUUUGUAUGCCUUAAGCCCAUGUUGGACUGUUUUAAGGACCUUCUCUGUGGAUGCUUUCCUUUACUGCACUGACUUGUUGCAUUUUGACAUGUAGGCUGUAUUUACUUCUCACGGAUCAAGCCUGGAUUUCAAGUAGAAGAAUCUUGCUAUAAAUGAGUUAUGCUCAGGUAUGUGCAUAUAAUAAAUAUGUAAAUGUA